AACAUGCUUCGGACGAUGGUCACGCAGCUCAUCACGCACGAGCGGAUCAAGACGACCGUCGCCAAGGCGAAAGACCUGCGCCGCGUCGCCGAUCGCGUCGUCACAUUGGCGAAGCAAGGGACGAUCGCGGGCCGUCGCAGAGCGCGCGCGCUUCUACGGACAGACGAAGCGGAGCAGAAGCUGUUUUACACCCUCGCGGCGCGGUAUAAAGACCGCGCGGGGGGGUUUACGAGGGUGCUACAGACGGAUCAGCGACGGAGCGACAGCGCGAAGAUGGCUUUCAUCGAAUUCGUCGACAGGGAGGGGGAAAUGAGGCCGGCACGGCCAGCG